AUUUAACGCAAUGCUCAGGAUCAUAUAAUAUUACGAACUUUAAUUUUUUACCAAUUCCGCUCCCCUUAUACUUACCUUUCUUCAAUGCCACUAUUUCUGGAACGACCAACGUACAAAUCACUGGUGGUAAUAUCGUCGUAUCGGUAUUUGUAGCCGUAAAUAACUUUAACCUUACAUUACAAACGUGUGAAUUAGCUCCGUGUCCUAUUAAGGCCGGACCUUUUAAUUUCAAUGUUCCUGUGAAUAUAUCAAAAGAUAUAUCUUCUAAUUGUCAAAUUCUAGAAAAUAUAGGCGCCAAUAUCACUGCGAAAGCUUACGAUGCUAGUGAAAAUAUUUUGGGUUGCAUACAAGGCAGU